AUGGAGGAAAUAGAACAACAUUCAUGGAUUUUCAAAGCUAUUCUUCGUCAAAGAGAAGUGGCUAUGGGCCUGCAGGGAUGGUUCCAGUGGCAUAGUUAUAGUACCAGAUUUGUUUACAAACAGUUGAGGAAUGCUGAUGGCCAUGUUCCAUGGUAUAAGAUUUUCUGUGGAAACAAUGCAAGGCCUCGAGCACUUAUGAACUUGUGGAUUGCUUGUCACGGAAAGCUGGCCACUAGAAGUAGACUGUAUCGGUUUGGAUUGGUGGAUUAUAUUACAUGUUGUUUCUCUUUGCAGGAGGAAACCAUAGAGCAUUUGCUGUUUGAAUGUCUUGAGACUAAGAAUAUCUGGAAGCAGGUUUUGACACGGUUGGAUAUUCACCAUGAACCACAAGCAUGGACUGAGGAAUUGGUCUGGUUGAUUCAAAAUUGCAAAGGAAAAUCUAUUCGAGCUGAUAUGGUAAAGCUGGCGAUUAUGGAAGCGGUGUAUGGGAUUUGGAUGUAUAAGAAUUAUGUUAGUUUUGGGAAGGAUAUUGAUAGAUUGAAAAUUGGAACCAAUAUUAUAGACAUGAUAGUAUAUAGAGGGUGGGGUAAAAUGAAAAUUAGGCCUCACAUUUCCAGUCUAAUGUUAUAG